CGCGGGGUUUUUGAAAGCCAUACGUUUCGCGCCGCGCGGCUAACGGAACGCGGCCGCAUCCCCGCGCCCGCGACACCCGCGACCCUCACCCCGCCGGUCCCGCGCAGCGGCGCAGCCCGUGACGCGCAAGAGAGCCACCCGACCGCCAUGUGAUUCGGACGCUAGAUUUAAUUUUUCCUCCGCGGUGCUCCGUGUUGAGUGUUUAUUGUAAAAUUCUGAUUAAGUCACCUUUGGUUAUCCAUACUGUUGUAUACUUGUGUUAUUUUAUUAAACGAACUGUUUUUUCUAACGACGUGUUUGGACUGGUAACAAACCCUGUGUUAUAAUGGCGCCCUACUCGUGGCACGAACUUACCUACUGACUGAGUGAGUAACACGUGCAAACUGUGAACCAAAAGCUGUGAACAUUGUGUGAUUUGUGCGAACUGUUGAAGUGUGCAACUACACGUUAUCCUAUCCAAAAUGCCGUUAACGAGGCAGGAAGCACUCCGGCAGCGAGGCCGUGAUGACGACGCCACGCUCACGGAGGACGAGGACAGCGUCGUGGAGCUUGGUCGCGGGGACGCCGCGAGAUCCAGCAGCACGGCACCGACAGCGCCGCACCCCACAAUGCAGCCCACGGAUCAAUUUUUAUCCACGCUAAUCGAGGCGAUUACGCGUGCGCAGAUGGAGGCGAACAAAAGCCUCAUUACAGCGUUGACGUCCACCGGCGAGUUUAGGACAUCCACUCCCAUCGGGGCGUCUCUUCAACCGAACGCGAGCAGCGGCGACACCGGCGCGAGCAACGGGGGUGCCGCGGCCGCGAGCAGCGGCGACGCAGGCGCGAGCCGCGCCGACGCGCAUGCGGGACACGCCGCAGCGCGCGCGGGCCGCGCCGACACGAGCGCGAGCCGCGCCGACGCCGGCACGAGCGGAGCCUCCGCCGCCGGCAUCAACUUCGCCAAGUGCACGGCGAGGUUCACCGGAGCCUCCAAGGACGCCGAGGUCCUGGAGGCGUUCCUGGAUUCCGUGCAGAUAUAUAAAGAAUGCACGGCCAUCAGCGACGCUCACGCCCUUCGAGGUCUUCCUAUGUUGUUGGAGGGCGAGGCAGCGGUGUGGUGGCGCGGCGUGAAGGCGUCGGUGAGCACAUGGUCCGACGCGCUCGCGCGCCUGCGCGAUACCUACGGCGUGGCGCAGCCCGCGCAUCAGGUACUUCGCGAGAUCUACGCCGCCGAGCAACGUGACGACGAACGUGUUGAUUCUUUCAUAUACAAAGUGCGUGCAUUAAUCGCAAAGCUACCAUAUAAGCUAGACGAACAAUUGCAAAUAGAUAUGUGUUACGGUCUACUACAUAGACGUGUAGUUAAGCGUGUACCCCGCGAUAGUAUAGUAAGCUUAGAUAAGUUAUUGUAUAACGCCAGAAUCGCGGAGGAAAGUUAUUUUAAAUUGAAGAAAAAUCAAAACAAACAUUCGUUAUCUAAGAUACCUACCGAUAACACGGGGACCGAGUCCGAGACCGCGACGCGCAACCAUAAUAAGACGAGAUCGCGUUGUAGGCAUUGUCGUUCUUUCGGGCAUCUUAGUGAUGAUUGUCGUCACCGCGAUAAGAUGACUGGUGAUAAGGCGUCAGGUGCGGGGCCAAGUAGCGAGCCGUCCUUCGCGAGUAGGUUGCGGUGUUACGGCUGUGGUAAGCCGGACGUCGUGAAGUCCCGAUGUGACGUAUGUAAUAAUAAAAGUACAAAACCGGUCGAAGCGUCGUUUAAUAAUUUUAGUGAUAACGAUUCGAGUUACGUACGCAUCAAUAACGUCACAUCGCGGGAAUUAUACCCGAUGGUAGGUAUAAAUGUUAUGGGCCGUCACGGCGUGGCCGUGGUGGAUACGGGUGCAACACAUAGUCUUGCGAGCCCUUUAUUAUACCGAGUUUUAGUUGACUCCGGGGUAAGUUUUAGCAACACGAAAAGGUACGUUCACCUUGCUGACGGAACACAAGGGUGGAGGCACCUGUUAUCGGCCGACGUAAGUAUUGUCAUUGAAGGUCGUAAAAUUGUUUGCCCGAUGUUAGUGUUGCCAGGGGCAAACACCAAGACAUUACUAGGGGUCGAUUUUUUGACCCGGGCGGGAAUAAUAAUUGACGUCGCCCGCCGCGUCUGGACAUUCGCGGAUGAUCCCGGUGUCGUUUACAAUUUUGUUUACUCGUAUGUACUUAGUGCAAGCGAUGCGAAUACGCAGCGGCCCGCCUCGUCUGACACGGGGCUGAUGUACGCCGCGCCGUCGGAGUUGACGCUGCUGCGCCCGGAUGAAGGUUGUAAGUUAACCUCCGAGCAGCGACGUUCGCUCGACUCGUUUAUUGAUAGUCGUGCGCCGCAGUUCGCGCGCAACGGACCACCCACGGAAUUUGCCACGCAUCGGAUAAAGGUGAGUCCACCGUAUAGUAUUGCGUGUCCACCGUAUAGGAUGUCCCAGACCAAGAACGUGGUGGCGGACACACUAUCGCGACCCGUUUGUCCGGACGACCCGGAUAAAUGUGAACUACGCACGACGAUUGUGGACAUGCCGAAGAGAAGCGGUGCUGAUGUCCGCAGCAAUCAGCUCCUGGAUCCAGAGGUUCGUAAAAUCAUCGAGGACAUGGAGUCCGACGAACCCUCUAGGGGGAGACCAUGGUCAGAUCGGGGUUACGUGAUGUCUGAUGGAAUCCUUUAUAGGUACAGUUUGGAAUCAGACGACGGAGAAGACUGCUGUUUGGUUGUUCCAGAGCAGGAGCGCAGGCAAGUAUUGGUUGACCUUCACGACGCGCCUACAGCCGGUCACUUCGGAGUAGAGCGCACGUUGAGCCGUGUCCGGGCCAGGUACUAUUGGCCGGGAAUGAGGGCUGUCGUGGAGAGUGAUAAUUUUGCACCCAGCAUUACUCCUUACCUAAAACAGAUGGCGGCCACCCUGGAUCAGGCCAGGGACACUCACGAGGAGGCUCGAGCCGCGCAGAAGGAGUAUGCCGACAAGAAGCGGAGGCCACCGCCAGACUAUAAGGUAGGUGACCUCGUCUUGCUAAAGACACAAGGGCCGAACGAUGCGGGCCGCGGACAGUCCGCAAAGUUCAUCCCGCGCCGUGACGGCCCAUAUAGGAUCGGGACGAUCGUAAGCCCCACUACAUACGGCUUAGAGCACAUCCAGACCGGGGGGAGCGUUAGGAGGUUCCACGUCUCGAACCUGACGCCUUAUCAUGGUGAAGUAGAACCGCCGGUCCGCGAAAAACGUAAGCGUGGUAGGCCGCGCAGGUACCUAGACUAGUCCAGCUGUGGGGGCACGCUAGCUGGACUAGAGGGGGAGACUGUAGCGCGGGGUUUUUGAAAGCCAUACGUUUCGCGCCGCGCGGCUAACGGAACGCGGCCGCAUCCCCGCGCCCGCGACACCCGCGACCCUCACCCCGCCGGUCCCGCGCAGCGGCGCAGCCCGUGACGCGCAAGAGAGCCACCCGACCGCCAUGUGAUUCGGACGCUAGAUUUAAUUUUUCCUCCGCGGUGCUCCGUGUUGAGUGUUUAUUGUAAAAUUCUGAUUAAGUCACCUUUGGUUAUCCAUACUGUUGUAUACUUGUGUUAUUUUAUUAAACGAACUGUUUUUUCUAACGACGUGUUUGGACUGGUAACAAACCCUGUGUUAUAUAAUUCAUUUUAAUGAGGGAUUUUCUUUUUCAUUCUUUUCCUAGCUGAUGACUAGAUGGCGCUGACCUAGGUACGUGAAUGCAAGGAACGGAACGUCAUAUAAUUUUCAUGUCGUAUAACUAAACGUUUUUGUCUUCAACAAUAAUAAAAAUAGAAAAUAGGGCAUAAAACUGGAUUAAAAGAGAAAAGAAGUCAGUCAAAUAAUGAUCCGAAUGUUCCAAAAGAUUUUAAAAACAAUUUUUCCGUAAAUCUGAAUUUCUUGGGUCUCUGCUCAAGGGGCUCUGUGCAACUUUGUUUUUAACUUGGUAAUGGUACACAACACUCACGUAGUUGGUGCACCGCCAUCUAGAACUGUUUUGGGUACUAUUUCAUUUUAUUCUCAAAAAGAAAACGUCCCAUCAAUAUAUCUAUGUUAAAAGAUAAUACCAUUGUUGCUUAACACGGCAAAGUCGCCGUUCAGUGUUUUCACAAUAACGAUUUUCCGAGCGGAAAAAUCGAGUGACAUCACCCGGUUCGUACGAGUGGUUAUUUGAUACAAAAACGUGAUGAAAACGCGGCUUGUCUGCCUGCAUUCAAUUACUAGGUCCAUAAAAAACAAUGAUGAAGGUUCAGGUAGCCAGCCACAGGGAACGUGAGUCAAUGUAGAACUUCAUUACAGUUUAUUUUUCUCAUCCAGUAUUUUUAAUAAUCUGGGCACACUGUACCCUUUCUUCUAAGUUUUAUUAUUUAUUGUUAUGGCAACAAAUAUUUCUAACUGUCAUUAAUAAAUAUCUAUGAAUAUUUUUUUCGUAUUUCGUAAGAGCUCGAGUAUUGAUAAAUAAAUUAGAUUUCCACUCUCAAAAAUCGAAACAAACCCUAAACAAAGAUGCCCGUACCAGGCGGAGUAUAUCAGAGUCAAGGACCAUCUUGUUUCGACAAAAUGAAAAUGGGGUUCAUGAUUGGUUUUUGUGUAGGAAUGGCGAGCGGCGGCCUUUUCGGUGGUUUCACAGCUUUGAGAUAUGGAGCGAGAGGACGGGAAUUAGUACAUUCCGUUGGAAAAGUAAUGCUUCAAGGUGGCGGAACUUUCGGGACCUUUAUGGCCAUCGGUACUGGAAUUCGUUGUUAAUACUAUAGUUCUUCUUAUAUUUUGUACAUACGGUAAUUUAAACUUAUAGUGCGUAGUGCACUCGACUUUGCUUUUAUUAGUGUUUUAAUAUAAUUGAUUCAUUAACAAAUUUGUUUAAUAAAUAUUGUUAUUGAAAUAA